CAACAAUAAAUCGCUGCAUCAGUAUAUCACAUAGUUCUUAUCAAUAAGCCCAACAAAAUGGGAGUUCCCAAGGUAUGUCAGCCAACAGACCAAAGAUGUCAACAUGGAGUGUCUGCUACAACGCCAUAGGUUGAAGCCAGAAUCUGAUCACAAAGUAGCAUUUGAUCGCAUACCCUCGUCCAUUUGUGGAAAAAUCUUCUCUGUGAUGUGAUCAUGCGUGCAUAUCUCUAAUUUUGACUAAAAUAUUUUCAUGUCAUACCAUACACAUUGCGUUACUCCAGUUUUACCGAUGGAUCAGUGAGCGAUACACCAAGAUCAAUGAAAUUGUUUCCGAUUCUGCCCUUUUACCUGAAUUUGACCACUUGUAUCUUGAUAUGAACGGAAUCAUUCACGGUUGUACCCAUCCAAGCCACAUGGACAUUUCCGACGUCAUUUCGGAACGUGACAUGAUGCUGGGGAUUAUGCACUAUUUGGACCGGAUUAUCACCCAGAUUGUGAAACCACGCGUAUCGGUGUACAUGGCCAUUGAUGGAGUGGCUCCCCGAGCGAAACUCAAUCAACAACGAUCGCGUCGAUUUCGAUCAGCAAAGGACAUGGCGGAGGCAACAAAAGAUCUACCCAAAGAACGGGACGAUGCGGGGAACAUCAAGAAGCCGGAUCUUUUCGAUUCAAAUUGCAUCACUCCGGGAACUGAGUUUAUGGCACGUGUGUCAGAAACUAUCAAAUACUUUAUUAGAAAGAAAAUCAAGGAGGACCCCCUUUGGCGCGAUUUGAAAGUCAUCUUCAGUGGCCAUGAGCUUCCUGGCGAGGGUGAGCACAAAAUUAUGGAACACAUCCGAAUGAUGAAGAACGAACCAAACUAUCAACCCAACAAUCGUCACUGUAUCUAUGGACAAGAUGCCGAUCUGAUUAUGCUUGGUUUGGUUACCCACGAACCUCACUUUACGAUUCUACGAGAAGUUGUUGAUUUCGGAGGUGGCUUUUCCAAUAAGAAUGCCUUGAAAAUGGUUAAGAAACAAACCAAGGAAGCGGAUUUUCAACUCUUGCAUUUAUCAGUUCUGCGAGAAUAUCUUUAUUUGGAAUUCUGCAAGGAUGCUCCCCCUGGAACGCUUGAUCUCGAAAGAACUAUUGAUGAUUUUGUCUUCAUGACAUUUUUGGUAGGGUGCGUACCGCAUGAGAAACGGAAUUUUUCUUUCACUCAAACGAAGACGUUUUUUCUUUUCGUUCAGGUAUGACUCACAAUCUAAUAACGAUCCUAUUUCGAAUUUUGAUUCAUUUUUGCACGCUGUAGAAACGAUUUUUUACCUCAUUUGAACACACUUGAUAUUGGAGAAGGAGCCUUCGACCUCCUAUUCCAAGUUUACAGGGAUCAACGUUCUCAAUGGGGAGAAGGGGAAUAUUUGACAGAAAAUGGUAAUAUUUCAGAUUCGGCACGCUUGGAAACGUACCUCGCUACUAUCGGAAAUGUUGAAACUGAAACGCUGGAGAAUCGCGAAGUCACUGAUGCACAGUAUUUGAAAAAGAAACGUAGGUGGAAUAAACGAGACGGCUUGGAUGCUGGACCAUCUGAUGCAGAACUCAAGGCAGCAGAUGACGCAAAGCAAGGAAACUAUUUGAAUAUGAUACAAAACAUAAUGGGAAAUCAAGAAAAUAGGGAAUUUGUAGAUGGCUGGAAUCCUGUCGGACCCGGUGAAAAGGAUUUUAAAGGCCGUUACUACUUCGAAAAGCUGAAGUUAACACCUGUUGAUGUGAGCGGCCAUCAUGCAUUGCGCCAAGCUUACAUGGAAGGACUGAUAUGGUGCCUAGCGUAUUACUAUCGUGGUUGUAUUUCCUGGGGAUGGUUUUUUCCGUAUCAUUAUGGACCCAUGUUGAGUGACUUACGAAACUUGCCGGAAAUGUUCGAAAAGAUAAAGUUCACUGUUGGCAAGCCUAUCCUUCCUUUCCAACAGCUCAUGUCCUGUCUUCCACCAGCAUCAGCAUCACUAGUACCAAAGCCAUACAGGAUUUUGAUGACAUCGCCAGAAUCUCCUAUUAAACAAUUUUAUCCUACCGAUUUCGAAGUUGAUAUGAACGGAAAGAAGAAUCCAUGGGAAGGUGUAAACUUACUCCCAUUCAUCGAAAUUAAUCUUUUGUUGGAUACUAUAAAGAAAAAUGCCCCAGACGAUAUGUUGUCUGAUGCAGAAAGGAAUCGCAAUCGAGUGGGAGAUAUAUUCCUGUACACUUUUGAUGCCACGGUCAACGAUACGGUUGAGGCCCCGCAUAAAGGUAUUGGUCUGACUGAUAUCGUCAAGUGCAAUUCCCGAGUUACCAUUUUGCCACAAUACGACGCGGAAGGAGUUUCGUUCAAUCCAAAACUUAUUGAAGGAACCCAAAUUCCCUAUCCCGGCUUUCCGUCACUUAAUGUCUUACCCAUCACUUCCGCAGAACUUACACCAAUUGGAGUGAAAUGCUUUGGAUUCCCAUCCAAGUAUCCUACAAUGGUUCUUGAUCUCCAUCAAAUGCCUGAUAUGCCUCCUGUGGAAACACUAGCCGACAAUCUUUUGAAUAGGUCGCUCUUCAUCAAUUGGCCUAUGAUGCAUGAAGCAAAAGUAUGUGCAAUCUCUGAUGAAAAGGGUGAGGUCUACCUUUUCAAGGGAAAGAAAAAACUGAAGAAAUGGAACAAAAUGGAGCAAGAUCAAUGGGCUAGAGAAUCAGAAGAGAUGGUACAGAAUUAUUUGGGUGGUAUCAAUGUCCCCGGAUCUGGUGGAAUCCAGAUUCAACAAGUAAAAAUCCGAUUGCGGUUGUUACCAUUGCAAGGAAUGAAAACGAACCCAUCAAAUGGGUCGAGAAAAAAGUUUUUUGGAAAAGAGGAAGCCGAGGUACCUUUGCAAUUGGCUUUGUGGCAAGCACCUGCGCCUGACCCACGCUUUGUAGAACGCGGUCCGAUGACUCUUGAACAACGCUUCCCUUGCGACUCAAGCGUCGUCUUGACGCAAGGAAAAUACAAGGGAAAUGUCGGCCAAGUAGUUGGCAUCGCUGACGGUAAGAAAGUCGGUGUCAAGGUGCUUACUGUCCCACCUGAAGUUCCAUUUGGUUUAGCGCUAGCAAGGUCCAUCAACGAAUCCUUCGUUUCUUCUUCUGAUGCAUCUCGGAUAUUGAAAAUCAACCCAAUGGUUUUCGGUCGAAUUACCAGCUCGCUUCCAUUUAUUCAAGGAAAUUACGAUCUUGGAUUGAAUCUCAAAUCACACGAAGGGCUAUGUGUCGCUGGUUAUACACGAGAAAAGAAAAUCGACAGAGAAUAUAAAGACGAAAAGAAGGCAUGGGAUACGGGAGAUUCUCUCUUGGUCAUUGGUAGCGCGAGAGCUUUGGGUGAUAGCAAUGGCAAAGACGCCAAAACGGAAAGAAUUCAGUGGGAGUAUACCCCCAAGGCACUCCGUCUUAUCAAUGAGUAUCGCCAGCUAUUUCCUCAGCUUUUUAGCGCGCUUGGAAAACUUUCGAGCGAAAAGAAAUAUGACGCAAAUAAGGUCUUCGGUCCAAAUGGAGUAGAAGUACUCCCUAAAAUAAGGGAAUGGUUGAACAAUAACGAAAGCGCGAAGUUACCGAGGAUCCCUAUUUCUACUCAGGUGAUGCCUCAAGAAGCGGUAACUGCCGUAGAAAAAACAACAGACAUCCGCAAUCUGCAGUUGAGGAAAAAAGGGUUCCCAAAUGAAUCCUUGAUCAAGAUCCCUGGUACUGCUUUGUUUCGUGAAAACUCUGUGAGUGCGACAGAUGUUAUGUUAGCCAGUGAUCACAAUGAAAGCAAAGCUCCAGAACUUGGAGACCGAGUAGUAAAUCUUUGUGCAACCGGAAUUCCAUUUGGUGCAAGAGGGACUGUUGUUGCUAUCCACAAGGCUACAACAGGUUGUGUUGAGAUCGUGAUGGAUGAAGAAUUCGUGGGUGGAACAACUUUGCAGGGACUUUGCUCCAAUUUUAGAGGGAAGCUUGCAGUGUGGGCACAUUUGAUGAGGAUUACUGUCGAAAACAAUAAGGAAAUUACUGAGAAACAUGUCACAAAAGGAUCAGGGAGAGCAAAUGCUCAAAAAAUUUUGUCUGGAAUCGAAGCUCAGGUAAUGAACGAUCCCAAUCCUGCCAUCAUCAAAAACAAGUACCCUAUUGGAGCCUCUCCAGGUCGACAUGGAUCGACUGGUAGAAUUAGAGCAGUUUCGUCUGGAAAAUCACGAGCUGAGUCAAGUGGUAGAGCUAAGCAAGCUGGAUGGCGCGAGGCUGUUGGUCCCCCGGAUAAAGGCAUCGGCUUCAAGGGAAAGAGAAAGGGAAAGAGUGGAGUUAAUCGAUGGAGGGCAUUGAUCAAUGGAGAAAAGAAGAAAAGUGCAUCCAAAGGCAAAUCCAACGAAUUGAAGGCCAUGUUGGGUGUCACUCCUAGCCCAGCACAACACUUGAAGGCUAUGCUAGGAGUCGACUCAAAAGCAGUACCACCAGUCCUGCAAGUCGCCACUCCCGUAGCCAAUGAUCCUACUGCAAGUUUAAAAGCCGUCCUAAAGGUCGGGUCGAGCAGCAUGAACCCUGUUCCGCCACCCCACGGUGGAAUGAGCAACAGUUUUCCGCCGCCGCCGCCAGUGCCGCCCUCAGCCGCAGAUCAGCUUCUGCAGCUCAUGGCGAAGCAACAACGACCUGUGCAGCAGAUGCCGGCCACAGCAUCGGGAGGGUCUUCCUUCAAUUUCGCCUACACGAUUGAGGGUGAAGAUGAACCAGAGCAGCCUUCUACGAAAAAUAUUCCACAGCCUCCACCUCCGCAGAUGGUGCCUCCGCAAGGAAUGCACAUGGGGUAUCCGCCGCCACCAAUGGCAAUGAUGGCUCCAAAUUUUUACGUGGGACAACCAAUGCCAAUCGUAGGACAUCCCGGAAUGCCCCUGUCAACAAUGCCGAUGAUGACACAGCAGCUUCCCAAUGUCCAGCCGUAUCCAGUAACGAAUGGGGGUAAAUCAAGUACUUCUAUCAAUUAUGCAGCGAGAAAUCAUUCUUCAAACGUGGCUGUUUCGGAAGAAGAGUUUCCUCCUCUUGGGUCUACAACACCCGCGAAGAAGGAACAGCAAAAUUCUGUUCCCACACCUGAAGACUCUACUACUCCAAAAGAAACGCCUGUUAAGCCCAAAACUGCUCCUCGAAGCUUUCUUGUUCCUUCAAAUGUGAAGGCUGGAAAAAAAUGAUGACUGGUCUUAUAUAGCGUCGAUUGAACGUUUCGGGUACAAGUGUGAUGGUGAAUAUGACGAAAAACCAAAUAAAGAAAUGAUAAUGAU